AGUUAUUUUUUUUUAAUUUUAGAUGUAACUUUUUGUUAAUUUUUGAAAUAAAAAACUUGACAUGCAUUUUAAGUGAGUAACAAAUCAUUUUUUUCCGUAAUUGUAUGUAUAUCAUAUGAACUUAAACUAUGUGUAGUAUCAAUAUAAAUAUUUUAUAUAAAAUGAGAGAUGUAAAUUAGAAAUAUAAGGUUAAUUAUACAUAUGUUCGGCUAUCUUCAAAUAUACAUUCGGGUUUGGGUAUUAUCCGUUUGGGUUCGGGUAUCCAAUAUCUCCUUAUUCAAUACCCGUUCGGAUAUUUUGCUACUUCAGUUUGGAUUUCGGUUCGGGUUUUUCGGAUCGGGUUCGGGUGCCAUUUCGGAUAUCGGGUAAAGUGCCCACCUCAAUCGGCACUGAUACAAAGAAUACAAAAAACUAGAAGCUAUGAAUUCAACUCGAUCAAUUAAACGUGCAUAGACUAUAAAGGAAUUUACAAUAUUCAUCUAAUGAUAUAAAGUAUAAUCACCUUGUAGUACUCAAAUAUCAAUCUGUCUUUUUCGUAUGUCUAAGUUUUAGUACAAGUUCUUGGAAAUCAUACCAUGGUCUCCUCCCGAGGCUAUUUAUGUCUAUGUGUUUUUCGAUCUUUGAAAUUGUGUGGUUUGCUAGUUUAUAUCAAGAACUAUAGGUCGUUCCAAACUGUUAUGAAAUAUUGAUAGUACAUUACAAAUCUUCAUUAUAUGCAGCCUUUAAGAGAUCAAACUAAUAUUGUGAAAACCGACUAGUUAACUGUUAAGGAGAAAGUACGAUCAACAAUCCUCAAAGCUCUUACUAUGCUAACAAAAAUUAAAUCAAUUGGAUUUGGUAAUCUCUCUUCCAUAAUUUGGUAGUUUGAUUGAAUUGAUAGAUUUUGUAACAUAUAUUGAAGAUAAAUAGUGUCUUUGACCGGAUUUUCCCCUAAACAAUAACCAGUAACCAUAUAUUAUUAUGAAGUCGCAUUGUUUUACUUAUAGACAUUGAACUAUUGUAACAACCUCACACGUACGUAUAAUCUUUAAGAUAUGAUGAUGAUCAGGUCUAGAUUUUGAUUCGGAUUUUCAAUAUCUGUUUGAACUGUUCUGGUAUCGAUAAGUGAUCUUUAUUCUACUAAUGAGUUAUGCAGACAAAUUUCAUAUCUCUAUAGAGAUCGCCAACAGCGUGCAUGUCAUUAUUAAUCACUAAUAAUGCAUUAUAUAGUAUACGAUACAUUACUCUUGCGGAAAAAAUCAAAAAUAUUAUUUUUUACAAAAAAUAAUAAAAUAAAAAUAUUGUCAAGAUCAUAUUAUCUAGAUUGAACUCGAUUGAUGCAUGAUGAUGCAACUAAUAGACACAAGUAUUUAUAUAUUCGUUAUAAAUUAUAAUAACGUUUUGAUUUGUUAAUGUAACCGUAACGACAAGCAAAUCAAAAUUAAAGGGAAAUAUUAAUAGUCGGUCUGAUGCAACGCCGUCAGCCACGUUCGGCCGACAAUUCAUUUGCCAAUCAAAGUGUCGUCUCUCUUCAUUAUCCAUUUCUCAUCGUUUUCUGCAAAUACUAUUUUUAGGUUAAUUCAUACGAAAUUAUGUAUAUUUAAUAAUUACUCUCAUCUCUUACGACUUGGAAGUCACGUCCCUUGUGUAUCGCUUUAUGAUGAUCACAUCUCUUACGGAACACAAUUUACCAAGUUAUAAUAUAUAGAGGUACUUCGCAUCACGUUAGCUUUCGUUUUGUUUUUAUACUAAACACGCUAUCGUUUUUCAUUACAAAGCUUCCAGGUAACAUCGUUUAAUUGCGGAAUCGCAAAAAAAUAGUUAAGCUGUAAUAAAAAAUAGUUUUUUUCCUGAUAAUCAAUAAAUAAAUAAAAGUUAAGUCACAAUUUUUUUUAAAAAAAUUACGAAAUAAUAGAAUACAUGUUAAAUUGAUUAAAAUAUUUUAUACAGUAUUUACUUUGUUAUAAUAAAAAUAAAUAUCAAUAAUUGUUGCAAAAUGUGAAAAUAUCUAAAAUUUAGUAAAAAUGCUUUAAUUUUUAUUUAAAUAUUUAGCUUAUCUUUCAAUACGUUUUAGUAAUGGAUUAACAUUUUAUAACACUAUAAAAUAUAUUAGUAUAACUUUAUUUACAACAUAACUAUUUAUCUUACACCAAAAAAACAUAACUAUUUAUCAUUAAAAAUUUAGUACUAUUUAUUUAAAAAAUUAAAUAGUAUUAGUAUAUAAUUUAAUAAUAUAAAAGUGUUGAUUUUGUAAAUAAUCUAUUAAAAUUCAUUUUUUCUACUUAAUAAAAAUAAUCUUUGUAUUAUUGUCAGCAAUGCAUUUUUUUUAUUCCGCAAUUUUUUUUGUUCAUUGGUAAAAUACUUGCGAAAUCGUGUUUUCGCCAUGCCGCAAGGUUCCCAAUCAGAGCCAACGUAAAAAAAAGACUUUAAACUUCUUAACACAGUAUAUGGUUAGUAAUUUUAGUCAAAAUGGCUAGUAAUAAAACGUACGCAAGAUACUUUUUAUAUGUAAGGUUAAACAUACGUGGAAAACAAAAUUCAAUCACCCUAAAUAGGUUAUUUUGUGAGCUAUUUUUUUGUAACCUAUAUAUACAUACACAUAUAUAUAUAAAUAUAAAUAUGUCCGUUAACAGUAAAAUUGUUUAAAGCUUAAGAACCAAGUUGCUAAAAAGAAGCUUAAGAACCAUAAAACUAAUAUUUUAUAUUGCUUAAUUCAUUGACAAUACUAAUUAAUACAUAUACAUAACCAAUAUUCAUUGAAUCUUAUGAAAUACAUAAUGAGAAAUCAUUGCGCUUAGAGGUCAAAAGAAGAAGCGGAUAAAGGAGACGCAUGAUCUUUGCCAAAUCAACCAUUCUUGGUUUCCACUUCAAUAUAUAAAAGUGAAGUCGUAGUUAGUUUUUAACAUAUAAUAUAUUAUAUGAAAACGGUGAAACUUUCAGAUUUUAGUCGAGAAUCAGUUUUUAAAAAUUCUAACUUAAAAAUAAUACUGUGCAAAUAGUAUUUAUAUUCAAAGGAUAAUAAAGUAACACCCUUGUAUUAUUCUACUAGACAAGGGAAACCUAGCUCCGUUGACAAAUAUAUAUAUUAUGAGCCAAUUAAGCUAGACAGUUAAAAAAAUAAGAUUUCACAUUGACCUUUUGUGAUUAAUAAAAUCAUAUAUGGCUAGUUUGUUCGGUGAGAUACCAAAGUGUUGGUCGUAAAAGUCAUUAGAUGUGAUAGACACAUAUAACUGCACCAACUGGCAAUUGACACUCAGUCACUCAUACCACAUUGAUAUGUAACAAUGUCAAUAGUAUUGCAGCAAAGGAAAACAGUGGUUCAAAUACUUGUUGAAAAUUCAAAACUGUGGAAAAGAAAAAAGGUUAUUUCCACGCGUUUGUUUAGUAAAUAAAAAGUCGACUUAGUUAUUUACAACUAACCUUUCAAUAUGCGUUUACAUCGGCGCCGUAUAUUGAACACGACUAUAUACAUUAAUAAAAACAAAAAUACACAUUACAUUGAAGUGCACCAAAGGACAAAGUCCUCGUUCACCAAUUAAAAGCUUCACAUAACUCUUUUUUGUGCACAGUCUUCACAUAACUUUAACCCUAAUUUUCUAGUCAAGAAUAUUUUUGUUAAGAGGAAGGGACAAAACUCAAAUGUCUAUAUCUUCCUCCACGACAAAAAGAAAAUGUAUUUCUCUUACUUUAUAUGGAAAUAUAUAUUAUUUUAUCUUAAUAUUAAAUUGUUAUAGAGAGCAAAGGGAGACAUGAAGCGUGCGAACACGACAAUACACAAAUAGCGUCAGAUCGGCUUCGGUCGGUUGGUCAUCUCUAUUUCUCUAAUAAUAUUUUCAUAUAUAAAAAGAGCCGACCCAUGAGCUUAUGUCAUUCAAUCUCUCAUUACAUUUUGAGCCUUCUCUUUUGCCCUUCGUUUAUUUUAAGAUUUAUUACAAGAGUGGAAACAUGAGAACGCUUUGUCCUAACUUCGACAGAGAAGAUGGUCUAGAGACAGUGUUGGAAGUUCCCAUGCCUGAGGAGUUGUUUUGUUCUGAGAACAACAAGACCGGCGCUUGGCGAAGUGUCAAGUCUAGCUUGCUCCGGUCACCGCCGGAUAACAAUAGCAGCCUCGCCACUCUGUUCGGUGGCCGUGACGCUCAGAUUCAGAUGCUUCUUGGAAUCGUUGGAGCUCCGUUGAUCCCUCUUCCUGUCUCCUCUGAUCACGACGUUCUUGAUCAUCCCAUCUCCAAACUCAUCAAGAACCAAUCUAUUGAAGCAGCCAUGGCUAAGUACAUAGUGAAGCAAUACACCGCAGCAGCUGGAGGAGAGACGGCAUUGGCUGGAGUAGAGAGCAUGUACGCGAUGGGGAAGGUUAAAAUGGGAGUCACAGAGUUUUGUGCAGCGAAAACCCUAAUUGGAAAGAGGAAGAAGAAGAUGUUAAAGAUCAGAAACGUCAACGGAAACGGAGGAGAGGUGGGUGGUUUCGUGUUAUGGAAGAAAGGCUCGAGUCAAUGGAGUCUAGAGCUUGUGGUUUCCGGUUGUAAAGUCAGUGCUGGUUGUGAUGGUAACGUGGCGUGGAAGCAAAGUCCUUGGCUAGAACAUUCUCAAGCUUCUAAUGAACCUUCUGGUCCACUUAGAAGGUUCCUCCAAGGGCUUGAUCCAAAAACCACAGCGAAUAUGUUUGCUGGAUCGGUUUGCGUGGGGGAGAAAGCGGUUAACGAGGAAGAAUGCUUCGUGCUUAAGCUUGAAACGCAGCCUUCAGGGCUUAAAUCAAGAAGCAAGAGAGGCAUGGAGACGGUGAAGCAUACAGUGUGGGGUUGUUUUAGUCAAAGAACAGGACUCUUGGUUCAACUAGAAGACACUUAUCUCGUAAGGAUCAAGACUGGUCCUGAGGAAGAAGAUGUAGUCUUGUGGGAAACCACCUCUGAGACAAUGAUCCAAGAUUACAAGAGCGUUGAUGGGAUUCAGAUUGCUCAUAAAGGAAGAACACGCGUAUCGUUACUGAGGCUUGAUGAGAGCUUAGAGAGUCACUCAAAGACUACAAUGGAAGAGAGCUGGGAGAUUGAAGAAGUGGGGUUUAAUGUGAAGGGUUUGUCUUCUGAUUUCUUCUUACCUCCAGGUGACUUGUGCGCCAAGGAAAAUGAAGAAAGUGAGUUUAGUUUUGGAGACUAUACUAGCCCUAUGAUGAUUCCAUUGAAGGUUAGCACAGAUUCAUGGAAUCUCAAGUCCUCUAAAGUCACAGCUAUUGAAGAUUUUGGAGAAUCUGAAUGAUAAACAAUGAAGACGUUUCAAGAAUACUUUUUGAAAAAUUGUAAAUUGAUCUUCAUACUCUGUUUUGUAAAUACUUAUAUGUAAAAAGAAAAAAAAACUAAGGAGAAAAGUGCUUGUAAAUGAUAUUAUCAAGAAAUAUAUAGCAAGCCUUCUUCCUUACUUC